AAAGAGAGAUGGUUCAUCACAGAGAAGACGACCUCAUUGGAAUCCCCUUCCCAAAUCACAGCACCGACGUUCUCUGCAGCCUUAAUGAACAGCGCCGUGAUGGACUCCUCUGUGACGUCAUCCUCAUUGUCCGUGACCAGGAGUACAGGACCCACCGCUCCGUCUUGGCUGCCUGCAGCCAGUACUUCAAGAAGCUCUUCACAGUGGCUUCCACUGGCAGCGGAGAGCAUCAUCACGCCGCUACGGUGUACGAAAUCAACUUCGUAGCUCCGGAGUGUCUAACAGCCAUCCUGGAGUUCGCCUACACCUCGACUCUGACGGUGACUGCCUCCAAUGUCAAGGAGAUCCUGAACGCUGCGCAGAUGCUAGAGAUCCCGUGCAUCAUCAACGUGUGCCUGGAGAUCAUGGACAGCGGGGGUGGGGGUGGCGGCGGAGGGGGCAGAGAGGAGGAAGGUGAGGAGGAGGAGGAUGAGGAGGAAGAUGAGGAGGAGGAAGAAGAGGAGGAGGAGGAAGAUGAGGACAUGGGAUCACGGAAGGAUGAGCACGAGGAAGAGGAGGACAACGUGAGUGAGAGGUCACUGCAGUCGUCGGAGAGGAGCAGGGGGGAGCGGACACCUCUGGGAGCAGAAGACUCCCCGCCUCCUGGCACCUCCACAUACCAGCAGCAGUACGAGCUGCACAGACAGUCAUCUCAGUCUCAGUCCCCAGACGCCAUGAGGGGGAAACAGGAGACAAUGGAGAGUCGGACUCUAAAGGACUUCUCCAUCGAGUCUCUGCUCCAGGAGGGGCUAUACCCUCGCAUGUCAACGCUGGACAGGGCAGCCACCUUCUCUCCUCUUCUUACAGGCUUCUACCCCUCUAUGUGGACCACAGAAUUCCCCGCCUUCCCCCAGCAGCUCUUGGACCCUGGUCACCAUCAGCAUCCCCACACAGGAGGCUCACAGCAAGCCAGGCUUCCCCACACCUAUCCCGCCAUGCUCGAGACCUCCAGGCCCCUCGAUCUAGCUGUAAAACGUGAGAUCAUAAAGGAGGAGAUGAAAGAAGAAGUGCCACCCAGUCUGCUUCACGCCGACUUCCUGAAAGACAUAGUCAGCUCCAGUUUGGGGAACACGGUGACUCCUGGGUUGGCGCAGACAGACGGUCACACUUUCAAAGAUGAAGCGGAUUUCCGGUCAUAUCUGAACUUCCUGAGCUCUGCGUCGCACCUGGGGACGCUGUUCCCUCCCUGGCAGCUGGAGGAGGAGAGGAAGAUAAAGCCUAAAGCAUCACAGCAGUGCCCGAUCUGCAACAAGGUCAUCCAAGGGGCGGGGAAACUGCCACGGCACAUGAGGACGCACACAGGAGAGAAACCAUACAUGUGCACCAUCUGUGAAGUACGAUUCACAAGACAGGACAAACUGAAGAUCCACAUGAGGAAGCACACCGGUGAACGACCCUACAUCUGCCUUCACUGCAACUCCAAGUUUGUCCACAACUACGACCUGAAGAACCACCUGAGGAUCCACACGGGUGUCCGUCCGUACCAGUGUGAGCACUGCUACAAAAGUUUCACACGCUCCGACCACCUACAUCGACACAUCAAGAGGCAGAGCUGCCGUAUCUCUCGCCCCCGGCGAGGACGCAAACCGGCUGCAUGGCGGUCCACGCCCACUGGAAGCUUCCUGUCCCCCCCUGGCGUUGCCACCAACGGCUUAGGCUCCACAUACCACAGGGUCAAGAGUCACGGACUUGGGGAGUUGCUCGGCCUGGGCAACAGGGGCCUGGGAUUUAAGGACGGCGCGGGCCAUGAGAGCAGGGAGGAGCGGAGAGAAGAAGCUAAACACAUGGCGGAGGAGAAGGCAGAAGCAGGGAGGCAGAGGGGCGUGUUUGCCUUCGCCUUGGCUGGGGAGGAAGUGCUCAGCCGCUCUCCGUUUUAUGCCACAACCCCUGACCCAUGGACCAUGAGACUGGAGCGUGCUCUGCCCAUCCCUGAGCCCGCCAAAUGAACUGUGAUCAGAAAAAAAAAAGAAAAGAUUUGUGUGAGGCCUGUGUCUGUUCUGCUCUCAGAAGCUGAAGCACCUUUUAAAAUGAAAGGGAAAAAAAGUGACAUCCUUUUGAAGAAUGAAGCUUUGUGAAGCCUGCUGAUGUGGUUACAACCCAGACGAACUGAAUUUCUGGAGAAGUAAAGUCCAAUUACAAGUGAUUAUGUAGAUGUUGAAUAAUUAUAUACAUAUGUAUUUGCACAAUCUGAUAGUAGAUGGGAUUCAGGUUUGAUAAAGAAAAAAAAUUUCAUAUGCAGGAAAAAGCCAAUCUGAUCCUCUCAUAGCACUUCCUAUUGCAAUUGUUUUUUUAUUAUUAUUAUUUUAAUGAGUAACUAAUAAUGAAUGUGAAAUGUAAAACAUACAGCUAUGUACCCACAUGAUAAAUUUUAAAAGUGUGGGUUAUUAAGUCUUACAUACAAGAGCCUACAACCAAACUGGAGGAUGCAGUGAAUUUUCCUUGAAAUAAUCUUUUGAUGUUUAUUUUAAAAAGUAAAUAAACAGUACUUUAAAAAUUUGCAUUUGGUCACCACUGAGGUGUAGUGUGGUACUUGUUCAGUUUAUGUUGAAAUGGUUAGUAAAAGGGGAACCCACUUGAAGUAAGAUAAAUCAGAUAUUUUAUAAUGUGUUAUUCCACUGCCUUGUUCUGAUUUAAGCUCUUUGUCUGCACUAUUGUAUAUAGUCACAAACAUGCGACCAUGGUGGUGUUAAUUACUGUUUCAUUGCUUAUGAUGUAAAAAA